AUGGAUUUUAAUAUGGCUAUCAAAACAGAAUUAAAUGAUAUUAAGGUCGAGCCUAUGGACUUUCCAGAUGUCGAUAUUCCAAAUUCUUGUAGUUAUGACGAAGGCAUAAUUCAAAAUAUGAAAAACGAGGAUACGAUGGAAGAUAAAAUAAAUCCAAUUCAAAAUCAUCAAUCAGAAAGCGAAACAGAAGACAUUUAUGAUGAAUGUUAUUCGUGUUUUAUGUGCAAUGUGUCAUACAAUACACAGUUUGACCUAGAUGCACAUUUGAGGACUCACAUUGAUGAUGAUACUUUUCAUCAUAGUAAUAUUAACAGUAUAAGCGAACCUUUACCUCAAUCUUCAAUUAAGCCAUCGAAAUACUUCAGAUGCAAUGAAUGUCUAAAAAUUUGUAAAAGUCAACUGUCAUACAAUGAACACAUGUUAACCCAUACAGGAGAAAAACCACAUCAUUGCCGGGUAUGUGAUCGUAAAUUUCGUCAUAUAGCAAAUUUUCGAACACAUUUAAAAAGUCAUAACAAUGUAAGAACAUUAAUUUGUUCUCUGUGUCAAAAAACUAUUGUUGGCGAAAAAAAUUAUUAUAUACAUUAUAUGGAUGUACAUAAUAAAAUGUCUAUCCGUAAUCCUCGACCUUAUCAAUCUAGUUCAUCUGACAGUGAUGAAGAUUUUAAUCCCAAAGUUUCAUACUAUAAAAAGAAAAAACUUAAUUCACGAAAGUUUAGAAAAGAUAGUGAACCAUUUGGUCCUUUGUUUGCUAAAAAAGCAUGGGAAAAAAAACAACGAGAAUUGGAAAAUGUUAAUUUAGAUGCUGAAGAAGAAAAGAGUGAAAGAGAUGCUGUGCAGGAAGCAAUUGAAAGUUCAAGACAAGAUAUACAAAAUAUGCUUAGAAAAAGAAAACAACAACAAACAGAUUAUAACACUGAAGAAUACCAAAAGUUUCUAGAAACUUUGAUACUAGAAAAAAAUACUACUGGUCAAUUUAAUGAAGCUAAAUUAAUUGGUCCAGUAUUUUGGAAAAAUGCUCUUGUAAAGGCUGGUCUUAUAGAAGAAGAUAUACUUCCAAUGCAAUUUCAAAGUCAACUAAGACUUAUCGAAUGCAUGUCUUGUAGAAAAUGUUUUGCGAGGUUACCAAAAUCUAAUGAAGGUAAUAUUGUGCCGUCUAAACCACCAUGCUCUAGCUGUUUUAUGAUAAAUAAUGAAUCUACAUUAAACAAACAUAGAGCUGAAAAUCACAGUGAACCUCCGCCAUACAUUUGCAAAGAAUGUUUGUUAGAAUCGGAUACAUGGUAUAAAUAUGUCCAGCAUAUGAAAAUGCAUUUGAGAUAUGCAGCAAAAUGUAGUGAGUGUGUAUAUGAUAUGAUGAAUAAACCAGAAAUUGUCAUAUUCUUAUGUCAUAUUUGUGAAAUGUCUUUUGACUCUGAUGAUGAACUUACAGUACAUGUUCAAACGCAUUUAGAAAAUGGACAAAAUAAUGAUAGAUAA